AUGCGGCAAACCCGCGAAGAAUUUCGGGCAUUCAGAGAAGAACUUCGGGACAUAAGAACCCUUGUCAGCAAAUGCGAUGCUCGUUUAGAUAAGCUCGAGAACAUGGUCCAAACUAUCCUGGAAUCACAAGAGCAAUAUGGCUCUCAAGGAUUCAAAAUUGAAAUCCUAAAACUCGAGUCGACCGUCAAUCAGCUGCAAGCCGACUUAAACGAUAGGGACCAGGAGUUGCUUGCAAAUGACGUCGAAUUAAGUGGCAUUCCAGAGGAGAGUCGGGAGAAACCAACACACUUGGUUCUAUCAGUUGUAACCAAGUUUGGUAUUCAUUUGGAGAAAAAGGAACUGGUCCAUUGUAUGCGAAUUAAGAGAAUUUGUCACACUGUCGUUAACUCUCGAGUAAGACUUAUCUUGGACUUUGGAGGGUUUGUUAUAAACAGAUUCAAAGUGCUCAGCAAAUAA